CGGAGACGUGCGCGGAACGGUUUUUCUUAAGUGGUUAACGCAGUAUUUUGGAAGCUCUGCACCGUCUCCUCCAGCUGAUACUAUAACGCGCAUUUUUAAGGCACUUCUCUGUUUCGUUUACAGGGAAAAGGUGUAACGGGUUUGGCAGUAGGGAAGCACAGAGCAACUCUGUUCUCUACUCCUUGUGCUGUAGUCACCAAACAUUGUUACCGCUUUUUAGUACCCGCCAACUUUCGCUUGUCUUCACCUCAGUCUACUGACCAAUUGUUUUAUUGCUUUCAAGAUUACUGUAUAUCCAGCAAUUUCCAAGUUUCAAAUCAUGGAGGCAGAACAGAUUAUGGAGGGACAGCCACAGGUUCCAGAAAAUCCUCAUUCUGAAUACGGUCUCACUGAAAACAUAGAGUGUGCCUUUCGGUUUCCAUUAGGGGAUCACAACAUGUUGGAUACAUUGGGCACGUAUGAAUUAGUAGAAAAUGAGAAGAUAAACGCAGAGAAAACAUCAAAGCAGAAGGUGGAUCUUCAGUCAUUGCCCACACGUGCCUACUUGGAUCAGACCGUUGUACCCAUCUUACUGCAGGGACUUGCUGUUCUUGCAAAAGAGAGACCGCCAAAUCCUAUUGAAUUUCUAGCAGCCUAUCUUUUAAAAAACAAGUCACAAUUUGAGGACCGAAAUUAAUGCCAUUAAAAUGAGGACAGUUUGGCUGCUAGACUGAAAUGCUCACUUGCCGCAAUUCAUUUUCUGCUGUAAAAAUCCUUUGGAACCAUGAUGUUGUCUUUCUUAAUUGUACAAUUUCCUUUACUUUGUGAGUUAUUUAAUAAAGAACACUUUACAUUUUA